UUAAGGUGAUACCCGACCUGUAAACAUCGUGUGGUACAUACUUCUCUUCUCCUGAAUAGUGCACAGGUGCGUUAGUGCAUUAAUGUGAUCUUGUACACGUGUGUUGUGCAGGUGUACAAGUGUCAAGGGGUGGCAGUAGAUGAUGAUAGGCGCUAAAUAGUCACAGUGUGGAUGUGUCGAGGGGGUGAAGAUCACCUACAGCGCCUUCUCCAGCCAUCCCUCAAGUCCUCUCCGUUCUUCUUCGUCUCCUCCGUCCGCCCAACUUCGCUCUUGCUGGCACUACACGUCGACAGGGUACCGGCGUUCGUCUGCGUCUCUGUGUGUGUUUCAAUUUGACCAUCAACAAUAUUAUGAGAGGUGCUACAGGUGUGAUGUGGAUGAAUUACCUGUCCAAGUUCAGGGGACUAAAACUGCUGCUGGUGCUCGUCCUGUUGACCGCCUGGUACCUUGACCUCCACAACGUCACCCUCGGCUUCCUCGUUCAGGUGGUAGGCCCCAGGGUGCUUGAUGACCCACGCUUCGUCAGGAACAACAGUCUCGGUGUGGGAGCGUCUACGAGCCCUACAGAAGGCGGUGGAGGAGGUAAGAGGGUGCAGGGUAGUAAGAGUGGAAGAGGGAAGAAGAUGAUGGAAAGAAGACCUGAUGUGUUCCCUUCGUCAGCGCCUCCGUCAUCACACCACCACGAGUUUCCUUACAGGUAUCUAAUUAAUGAGCCUGACUUAUGUGGGCGGGACACUACCAUCAUCAACACUAUCGUCUCCUCCGCAGGCAAUAUGGAGUCACGAAUCAAGAUCAGGAAGAUGUGGGGGGCACCUCAGUAUACCAGCCUGGUGAGGAUGAAGACAGUGUUCGUCGUGGCCACCACCAGCUCUGCCCAGCACCAGCGAGACAUUCUCCACGAGAGUCACCGCUACCACGAUAUGAUCCAACUCGAUUUCGUAGAUUCCUAUUCGAAUCUGACACUGAAGACAUUGUCUCUUCUCCACUGGCAACAACACUUUUGCAAGACGGCGAAGUGGAUCCUGAAGAGUGAUGAUGAUAUCUUCGUUAACCCGUUUAUUGUGAGUGACUUCCUACGGCAACACUCUGCCUCAGAACUGGUGUGUAAAGUGAUCGGGGGUUCAAUAGUGUGUCGUCCUGGCAAGCGCUGUCGCCAGAAGUGGGCGGUGUCGUGGCAGGACUACCCUCCCGAGCGCUACCCUCACUACUGCCAGGGAGGAGCCUACGUGGUGUCGGCCAGCAUGGCGCGCCACCUCUACGCUGCAGCCAACAUGACUCACCCCGUCGAGGUGGAGGACGUUUACUUCACCGGCAUCUUGGCCACGCCCUUCCAGCCUAAGAUCUCCAGCCUCUCCCAGCGAAUGUUCCUCAAGAUAACUCCCAAGUCAAGGAAACACUAUGUGGGCAUAGACGCCAUGUUCAUCAUGAACCUUGAACGAUAUAAUAUUAGUGCGUCGUCUAUCUGGAAGAGAAUCCUCAAUGGACGCAACAUUACCCCGCUGUCUGAGGGAUCCCGCGACCCACAACUAACAGCUCACAACUCCUCUCGUGUAGAAAGUAAGACUUGAGACCAGUGCCCAAUAAUCUAUUAAUUCAUAUGCCGUAAUUUCCAACAAAAAACAUGAACAUAACUCAGACUAAUGCUGUUGAUAACAUAACGCCAGUGUUCAGGUGGCCUGCGUGGCGACAGUAAUGCUGACACUUAUUGUGCAGGGUGCCAGGAUUCAGAUACAGGUUCUUCAAUGAUUUUAGGAUGAAUUUUCCUGGUAGUUGUAGAAGUAAACACGGAAUAAAAGUCCUUCUAGGUGUACCUCUGACCUUCACUCAGCACCAGGCAGGAGACAACACUCAGUACAGUACCUGGGCCGGGGUGUACUUUUACUUUUUUUUAUCCUCUUCACCGCUGAUCGGCUCGUUAGCCG